GAAGUUACUCUGAUCUUAUAUGCAUUAUUUACUUGAACCAAACACCUCAUAAAUCUCCUUUUAUUCAAGUUUAACUAGAAAAAUAUUUAUCUCCACCUAUCACCUUCGAUUCCUCCUAACCUCGCCGGUCCACCUGCAACCGUGACGGUUCUUGUUCUUCUUCCCACCCAGCGUGCGCUCCCUCUUCCUCUUCCCCUUCUCUCUCGGCGACGACUGGGUGGCCGUAGCUGCCUCCAUACGCCUGGUGCCCUGGUCUUCUUCGGGCCAUUCGCCGGCCGCGAGCACCACCAAAAGGGAGAGCUUCCCAGGUAGAGCUGUUUCUCCGUACUCUAGCAGAUGGCAAGGAUAAAGCCUAAGCAAUUGCUAAUCCAAAGCAAAACAAAGAAGGCUCCAUCUCGAAUCAGCUACUCUACUAUCAUCACAUGGAACUUGAUUGUCAUAUUGGUUGUGCUAUCUCUCUAUGCUACCUACAGCCAUUGGCAUCAAAGGUCUGCCCAAGACUUCGAAAUGGAGCUUCAUGAAGCUGAGCUUGCUGUGAGACCGGAGGAUCCAAAAAUGAUAAGUAGACCAAGAUAUGCGGUAAUGAACACCGCAAAAGGCCCAAUUACUAUAGAAAUAUACAAAGAUGCUUCUGCUGACGUUGUGGAUAGAUUUAUCAACUUGUGCAAGAGUAAUCAUUUCAAAGGAAUGCCAUUUCGGCAUAUCAUAAAAAAUUUUGUAAUUCAAGGAGGUGAUUUUGAUUUUGAUGGAGCUUCCCAAGAAUGGAUAACGAAAGCUAAAGCUAGUGGAAAAAAUGAUCUCAGUCCAAAACAUGAGGCAUUUAUGAUUGGGACUGCAAAGAAUCCUAAUACCAAAGGAUUUGAUUUGUUUAUCACGACGGCUCCAAUUCCUGACUUGAAUGACAAGCUUGUUGUAUUUGGGCGAGUUAUCAAGGGAGAGGACAUCGUUCAGGAGAUUGAAGAAGUCGACACUGAUGAGCAUUACCAGCCAAAGGCCGCCAUAGGCAUCAUCGAUAUCGUGCUAAAACAGGAGCCUUGAGCCUGGAUGCACAUGAUGACGUUAACCACAUGCCGACGGACUUUUCUGUAGUUGGAAAAUCUAUCUCAUCGAGUUGGUUUUUGUUUUGGUGCCUUAUUAUGUGUUGUUGCGUGGAAAGCAGUUGUGACGCUUGUUCCAGGAGUCGUUGCAGCAGCGUUUGUGUAUAAAAUAUAUUCACAGGGUUUUUGGCUGUCAGCAUGCGCGAGCAUAUGCUGCUACACCUUGUAUCGUGGUUGUGGUAACAGUAAGCAGGCUAUUCUCUGCUAUUGCUACCAGUAAUCGGUUUGGGCCUUACGAUUUGCGAAUGAAUCCAAUAAAAUCAGCGCACGUGCUUCUGGUCGUU